GAGAUCUCGAACCACCCAACCUGAAAGGUGCUUAGGAAGUUGAAAGGCCCAGAGGAGGCCUCCGGGCAAAUGGCCGGAGCUGGACCGACCAUGCUGCUACGAGAAGAGAAUGGCUGUUGCAGUCGGCGUCAGAGCAGCUCCAGUGCCGGGGAUUCGGACGGAGAGCGUGAGGACUCGGCGGCUGCGCGCGCCCGACAGCAGCUAGAGGCGCUGCUCAACAAGACUAUGCGCAUUCGCAUGACAGAUGGACGGACACUGGUCGGCUGCUUCCUCUGCACUGACCGUGACUGCAAUGUCAUCCUGGGCUCGGCGCAGGAGUUCCUCAAGCCGUCGGGUCAGUGCCCGGGGAAUGCACACCCGCCUGAUUCUUUCUCUGCCGGGGAGCCCCGUGUGCUGGGCCUGGCCAUGGUACCCGGACACCACAUCGUUUCCAUUGAGGUGCAGAGGGAGAGUCUGACCGGGCCUCCAUAUCUCUGACCACGAUGGCGCUUACCUUUCAGACUUCAUUAAACUUAUGACUGAA